AUGCCCCGCGCCAAACCCUCAAUCCCCACCUACGUCCUAGGUGUGGGAAUGACCCAAUUCCUCAAACCGCGACGCAUCCGCGAAUACCCCGAACUUGGCUACGAAGCAGGCGUGAAAGCAAUGCAAGACGCCCGCAUCACCUACGACGACGUCGAAGCCGGUGUUGCUUGCUACUGCUACGGCGACACGACUUCGGGCCAGCGCAUCUUCUACCAAUUCGGGCAGACCUCGAUCCCGAUCUAUAACACGAAUAAUGCAUGCGCGACGGGGUCGGCAGGGUUACAUCUCGCGAGAACGAUGGUGAAGAAUGGCGGGGCCGACUGUGUACUUGUUAUCGGGUUUGAGCAGAUGAGGCCCGGGUCGAUCAAGAGUGUUUGGGAUGAUCGACCCAGUGCGGUUGGGCCGUCGACGGCGUUGAUGGAGAAGACGCACGGGAAGCAUCAGAGUCCCAGGAAUGCGCAGUACUUUGCGAAUGCGGGAGUUGAGUAUAUGAAGAAAUACGGCGCAAAAGCAGAAGACUUUGCCGAAAUCGCCCGCGUCUCCCACGAGCAUUCCCAGCGAAACCCAUACUCUCAAUUCCGAACUGCCUACACACUCCAGGAAAUCCUUGACUCCCCCAUGAUCCACCCACCCUUGACAAAACUGCAAUGCAGCCCUACAAGCGACGGCGCCGCAGCCGCCGUAGUCGUAUCGCAGGACUUCCUCGACGCCCGUCCACAUCUCAAGUCCCAAGCCAUCCUCAUCGCAGGCCAGCAGCUGCUGACUGAUACCCCCUCUGUCUACUCCGGAAGCGCAAUCGACCUCGUCGGCUGGGGCAUGGCGCAGCGCGCAGCAAAGCAAGCCAUGGCCGAAGCGGGCGUGACACCCAAGGACGUAACCGUCUGCGAACUACACGACUGCUUCUCCGCAAACGAACUGAUCCUCCUCGACUGCCUCGGUUUCUCAGAACCAGGAAAAGCACACGAGCUCGUUCGUCGCGGAGACAUCACCUACGGCGGCAAAGGGCCCGUGAUCAACCCGUCCGGCGGACUAAUCUCCAAGGGCCACCCGCUCGGCGCGACGGGACUGGCACAGUGCGCCGAACUCACCUGGCAGCUGCGCGGGUGGGCGAAUAACCGGCUCGUCGAGAAUACGUCGGUGGCGCUGCAGCAUAAUCUGGGUCUUGGGGGUGCGGUUGUCGUGACGGUUUAUAAGCGGGCGGAUGGGGGUGUGAACCCGAAGCUUUCUGAUGAGGAGGUUAUUCGGGCGUCGGGGGUUGGGUAUAAUCCUGCUACGGAGGCGAGGAUUAUCAGGCCGGCGGAUGGGGAGCAGGUGCGCAGUCGGACGCGGUCGGAUUAUCCGUUGGAGGAUACGGUGCAGAAGCUUACUGCGCGGAUUUAG